CGUUCAGUCAUUGGCUAUAAUGUGCUGAGUUGACACAAUACCAUUGGCUCACUCAGAUGUCAUUGUUGUUUCCUAGCUGAACGUGGCAACUCCUGGAACAAGCAUAAUCCACAACGUUGUCCCAGGGGUCUGAAGUCCGACUUCACCGCUAUAGCCUACCGUGCUGAAAAGUUGUUCCUAAUUCUCACUCACCUGACCUUUGAAACAGGCAACAAAUAUGGCAUCAUGGAUUAUAAAAAUUGCCUUGAUGGCAAUGAGUAUCUUAAUCGAAACUACCGAAGGGAAAAAAGACAAGGUGCUGUAUUGUUCAGCAUGCAGGGCUAUUGUUGAUGAGCUCAAUUAUUCAAUCAGUCAGAUUGAUCCGAAGAAGACCAUCAAUGUGGGAGCCUUCAGACUCAAGCCUGAUGGGAGCCUGACUGAUAAAAAGGUCCCUCUUGCUAGAUCUGAGACCAACUUGAGUGAGCUUCUGGAUGGAGUUUGUGGUAGCAUGAGUGACUAUGCUCUUCAUGUGGACCCAGACACCAAGAUAAAGCAAUACAAAAGAUUUGCUCCAAGAAGUUCUGAUGCCGGGGAUUUUCCUGAUUUUAACAAUUUCAAGUUUGAUGGCCCAGAGGGAUCCAAUGACCUAAAAUUUGCGUGUGAAAGCAUUGUGGAGGAAUUUGAAGAUGAUAUCAUCUCUCUUUUUGCCAAAGAGACAGACCAUGUGGUCGACAAGUUAUGCAAUGAAGUAUCAGAUCACUGUAAAGGCACAAAAUUCCAGAGUGACGAACUAUAGUUUUACAUGCGUCUCUGCUGCGGGUGAUUGGACCAGUUUAGAUAUAUAUUUCAAAUUAAGAAAUAAUGUUUGAAGGAUAUUGUAUCAAUCAAGUUACAUUCUUUUAAAUAAAGUUUUCUAUUUUGAAUGGA